AUCCCUAGCAGCGCCAACGGGGGUUCCAGGACGCACACAGAACACCACAUCGGGGAAACCUGUACUUCUCCGUAGCUUUGAAAAUGCAUUGUUGCAUUUUCGGACACCUAGAGGAGUAAAUUCUUAAAAUGUGCACCAAGCUGGUGUGGCUGGGUGUGUACCCCUGCUAGGAAGUUAUUGGGGAAUUUGGACCUCUAUUGGAGACCUUUAUACCUCCUCAUCGGGGAACCUCUGACGCCUCAAUGGACUUUUCCGGACUGUCAAUCAAACCAUGGCUAGGUAUACGCGCGUGUCCUACAAACACUGUUGUCUCACAAACGCACGUGUUUACCUACAUUUGCGCUAUUGUUUUUGUAUAAUUAUUUUUUACACAUUGGCCAAUAGCAUGAAGGAACGGCAUAAGGUUUAAUAUUAAAUGACUAUAAUACAAAUAUCAUUAUUAUGUUUACGUAGGUCCAAGCAACAGACAAACUGUCCACUAUUCGCAACAUGCUCUCGACUACUGGAAUCUUUUUUAGUACAAACGAUUGUUACUUAGGAACGAUGGAUGCAGACUUCUGUUCGUCAAGACCCACAGAAACUCAGUAUGUUGGAACUGUUUACGAUUUGCGGAUUGAUUCAAUAUAUCCAAACGUAACAAAUUCGAACGAGUUGUUGGCUAAUGUGUCCUGGCUACCACCAUUGCAAAUUAACCCGCAGUAUGCACUUAUUGGAUAUCAUGGGAAUUACAUAGAUGCAGAGGAAUCCACCAACGUCAUUCUCGGAUCAGUGCUGCAUAAUAAUAAUUCAAGAAAGGAGGUUCGCUAUUCUGUGCUUUUAGAAGGACUGCAGAAGGAUAAAUCAUAUACGUUAAAGAUUGCUGCCUUUGUAACAAAGGAAGGUGAUAUAACUGUAAUGGGAAAACCUGCCGCUAUAACGAUUGAAACGCCAGAAUCUGUCAAUAUUCCGACUACGGUCAUACACGGGGGUACGCGGGAGAUUAUGACGGAACCAACCCAUCUUCAGAAAACGUCGACACUUCAAUUUAGUAAGGCGCCCAACACAAAAUCCCCGCCUCAAUCUUCGUCUAAUGGAGGAUGGAUGGACGAGAACCAAACAGUAGUUGUCGCGGUGAUCAUUUGUGCUUCAUUGCUUGUCGUUGGUUCGUUAGCUUUUGCUUGCUACAUUGCCCAAGUUAAAGAAGAAAAGGUCGACCAUCGACACAAAAUGAUUUCCGUAAGGAAGAUCGGCAACGAGUACAUAUAUAACUAAUAUGCGCUAUUGUGCAGUAUCUAUUACAAGAUAAUGUUAUUCAUCGGGGAAAAAAUCCCUAUAAUUUGAAUAUUUGAAUUCAUGCAACCUAAGCCUACCGUCAAAUCAUGGAAAUUUACAAAAAUGA